GGCUCGCGCGUGAGAUACGGGCUGAUGUCAGCGGCAGCGCUCCCGACGGCGGCGACGCACGGAAUGCACGCGCGGGGCGCGGGCGGCGGCCGCUGUCGCCGCGCCGUGCUGCGGCUCGCCUGCCAGUCCGCCGCGCGCCUCCGACUCGAGUGCCGUCCCCGCGACCAUCCACUACGCCCGCUGCAGCGGACUAUGCUCCAGCAAAUGUCCUCGCCGCCGAGCGUUAACGUCGGCGAGGUCGCAUCCCUAGUACGACUCGACGGCCGCGUGUGCGGCGACGCGUCCUCUGAGGCCUCCUCGGACGCCGCCGAAGAUUUUGAACUACCACAGUGCAAGAUAAGAAGAAACUAUAAUUGCACCAAGUGCACAUUCUACACACAGAACCCGCGGGUUUAUUUAGUGCAUACGAGAGACGUUCACUUUGAAAGGUUUAAAAUAUAUGACUGCCCACAUUGCGUUUACGCGUCGAGACAUCACCAAAAGCUUGUGAGACAUAUAAAGAUGGUACAUGCGGCGCCAACGCAAGUGGUUAAAGCAGAUUUGGAGCCUCCGCCGGCGCCCGUGGCCACGACCACAGCGGAGCCGGAGGAGCAAAUUGAAGAUUUACUCGAAGAAGUCGAGGACACCGAAGAAAUUCAAUUAGAUUUAGAAGACUGCAUCGAAGAGUCGAUGGACCACUCCGCAGAUAUGGAGGUCGAGGUCGACAGGGCUGUCGCUGAAGCACCCUCGGAUUUACCAAAGGACAAGACUAAAUUUUUCUCCUGCACCAAAUGCAACUACGUCACUCACAUCCGUGCAAGAUUCACCAAACACGUCAAAUAUCAUUCGAUGCCAAUGAUAAAAUGUACAAUGUGUGAUUUCCGUACACCUUACAAAUGGAAUUUAGAUCGACACAUGAAGAAUCACGGUGGGACGGGGAGUUUCAAUUGUUCCAUGUGCAACUUCACCGCCGACAUCAAGCAAAGUCUGACGGUGCACGAGAUGAAUCAUCACACGCCGCCCGUGGGACAAUCGUUUGCGAGUCGCCGACGCAACCGGGUGGGCGCCAGCGACAUCGCGCUCGCCGACGCGGCGCGCGCGCUCAUCGUCAAGGAGGAGGAAGGGAGCGGCGACUCGCGCUCCUCGCACGCAUCGGAAAUGGGUCUCCAAUAUGCAGAUAUAGAAAUGAUUACUUGUACCAGUGAUAACGAAACGAGCACUGAAACCGCUGCCAAAAAAGACAAUGAAUUGGCACAAGAUAAGCAACAUCGACCAUCGCCAAACAGCACGACGGGAGAAGGGAAUACAAACAAACAAAGCCGAAAAAUACCUAGACCGAUACCGCAACUAAUACCUCUGAACACGUCGACGCCCAAUCAAAAUAAAUCACCGCCAGGAGAGCCACCGCUCAAAAAGUUUAAAGAAGAUCCAAGUAGAGAUACUAAUACAGUUGAUAACGUCGACAAUUUUCCAGCUGAUAUCACAAUUAUACCUGUCACCAAUGGUACACCCCUUACUACAAGAGAACCUGCGAUGAAAAAGAAAAACGAAUCCUUUUUUGACAGACUAAAAGAAAGGUUGCUUACCGCAACUGGAGAGGAAGGAACGUUGACAUGCAAAAACUGCGGGUUUGAAAGCAAAUGCUUAUCAGAACAUUCCGUACACGAAAAGAACUGCACAGUAUCCGCGAACAGGGUUUUGGCAAAUAACACACACACAAGCCUUGGCUCUACGCGUUGCCAGAAUUGCCGGCAUAGAUGCAAAUCAAGUGCCGAUUUAUAUGUUCACAUGCAAACAUGUGGCAAAGUGGAGAAAGCAGAAAAUGAACAAUCAAAUGACAGUGAAAACAAACACGAAGCCACGUCAACAGCCCAUGAAACCGAUGUUGUUAAAGAUGAACCACAUCCCAUGGAGAAUGUAGUCUUUGUUUGGAAUAAUAUUAAUCCCGAUACCGCCAAAUUUGAGACGCCGUUGGACAUCAAUAUUAAUGAUGAUUCAACUAUGCCCGAAACAAGUAAAAACUAUGACUUAGAAAUAGUUGAUGAAAAUGAAGGCAUGAACUUGUCACCGAGCCAAGCUGCCGGAAAAAAGGUAUUUAAAUGUCCGCACUGCACGUUCUGGGCAUCGACUGCAUCACGAUUCCAUGUUCACAUCGUCGGGCAUUUGAAUAAAAAACCUUUCGAAUGCUCCCUUUGCAAAUAUAAAUCGAAUUGGAGAUGGGACAUCACCAAACACAUAAAACUAAAAUCAGCAAGAGACCCUGAACAUAAUGAUGCCAAAGUUUUGAUGACUGAUGAAACUGGACGAAGGAACUACAGUAAGUACAACAAGUUCUUAGCCGUGCCUGUCGUAAACGAAUAUGGAGAAACCGAGUUUGACUAUAUAGAUCCAAACGCAAUGGCGAACGGGAGCAUGGAACUCGAUGAAUCAUUCAACGACACGAAUGAUAAUAUCAACACAACACUUGAAAUGCAACCUCUUGACUUGCAAACUCUACAUGGACAGCACAAUAUCGAGCCAAUGGAUAUCAAAAAUGAAGAACAGAAACCUAAGAAAACGAUGUGGAAAUGCAAAAAAUGUAACUACAAGGACCCGUCGAAGGAAGCGCUACUAGCACAUGUCCGUGAGCACUCGAAGCCCGAAGACGGACACGAGGAGAACAAGUCCUUCACCAAGAAACCUGAGAACACGCCGGACCCGGCCGACCUGGCUUACCGCUGCGGGCACUGCAACCAGUUGUCCAACUGGAAGCACGUCAUACAAAGACACUGUCGUUUGAAGCAUGAUGGAGUCAUCAAAGUUAUUACCACGGUUAAACCGAAACCUGAUGCCUCGUCAUUAUUGAACGAAAUGAACGACACUUGCACCAAAUGUCCGUUCAAAGCUGCAGACAGAAAACAACUUCAAAACCACAUGCAGCAGCACCAGCCUUCGCCCCUGUCCAUAUUCAAAUGCUACUUCUGUCCGUACUUCGUUAAAACUGAACACGACUUACUGCAACAUCUAGCUUUACAUGGUGUCACAGACCCAGAAGAAUACAUCUCCAAAGCAAUGGGAUGCAAGUCGCCGCUGCCAGAUAAUCCUGGAAAUUCGAGCGGGUCCAUCUCAACCAAACGACACAAGUGCACGGAGUGUCCCUACGAAACCAAUAGCAAGUCCCAGUUCAUGUAUCACGAGCAAUUCCACCGGCUCCCGGCUGACACUCCAUACAAAUGUCAGGAAUGCAACUACAGCGUUUCCAAGAGACACCUCCUCCAUCAGCACAUGAGAGUUCACGGGAUCAUGCCUAAGAAAAGUGAAAUGGAAUUAGAAAUGGAAGCGUCUUCGUCCUCUUGUAAGAUGGAGAUUCCUAUCGAUUUAAACGAAAUUCCUUUCGUAUGGGUUUCGGCUAAGAACGAAUUUCACAAAAUGUACAAAUGCCGCUACUGUUCGUACGUGAAUUCCCAAAAGUGUAAGAUACCAAAUCAUGAGAAGAUUCAUUGUAUCGUCUUUGAAAACAGUGAAAUCACUAUUUACAAAUGUUUGGAAUGCAAGUUUACUUGCGAUAAUGCCGGAAGGUUGGCCGAACAUUCGAGGACGCACGGAGAAAUUUACGGACGCAUUUACUGUCCAGUUGAACCCGAUGUUCCCGAUGAGGAGCAGAUUACUAAAUUACGCAAAGUUAUAGAAACGGAGAAAAUAAACAACCCGAAUAGCCCCAGGGACGAGAUGCUUCUAAAAGACAAUGAAGAACUGAAAAUAUUGUUCUUCUGUCAUAAAUGCCCGGCUAGAUUUUUUAUUGAUAGUGAUUUGAGAAUCCAUGACAAAUUCCACGAUCUGUUGUUUGCGAACAAAUGCAAGCUUUGUGAGUUUUCAGUGCCCCAAGAGACUGAAUUAAAAACUCAUGCGGUCCACCAUUCCGAUGAGUAUGCGACGGAAACUAAAAUGCUCAAGUUUAAGCACCGAUCUCACCCAGCGCACAAGGAGCCGAAAUUGGAGGUUGUACACUGCCCGCUUACUUCAGAAGUUAAUUGGAUAGUUUCGCACCCGUCGACUAACUUUGAGAUUGUAGAUUCUUCGAAAAAAUGCAACGAAAAUAGAGUGCCUAAGCAAUAUUUCUGCAAGGAAUGUCCAGCCAAAUUCUUUAAAACUUCUGCUUUAAGUUAUCACAUGGGAUUGCACGGAGGGGAUGGCGACCACAAAUGCAAAAAAUGUAGUUACACUGUUAAAAACUUAGGGAAUUUGGCCAAACACGAAUCGUUACACGAGAAUGAAGGAAAAAACAACACGUGUGAUUACGAAUCCGGAGAAGACAACGAUUACAAAAACAUUCCAUUAUCUGGUACAGAUCUAUUUCAACGGAAAACUGAAGCGCAGAAAAGAGUUGUAAAAGAUAACAACAAGUUAGUGAAACCUAACGACCAUUUUCCACCUGUACUACAGGCAGAUCCUCAAUUCGGAUACUUAAUGCACGGUAACCCAGAGUUUAUCUAUCCUACAUACAUGAAAAAUGGCCGCCAAAAAGAGAAAAGGUAUAAGUGCCACAAGUGCCCAUCCGCGUUUGAGAAAAGAGAACAAUACAAAAUACAUUUAUCGCUGCACGGAUCCAAACAGAGAUACAAGUGCGAAGUGUGUGAUUAUUCUGUAAAAUACUAUGCCAACUACGUGCAGCACAUGAGGAAACAUCAAAUGAAUGACGAAGCACAGGCUGAGAGAAGAAAAAAUAACGAAGAGACUAAUGAAGCUGAAAACGAGACACAGGAAGAUAAACCAGCAAAAGGAAAUAUUAAGCUAGCGAUUAAAACAAUGCCAAAGGGGCCAACAAGGCCAAAAAGUGAUUUUCAGCAGUUUUCUGUCAGUGACCAACAGACACUCCGCCUACUACAACUAAGGCGGUCUAUAAAUAAUGCAGAAAAAGAAAAGCAACCGGACCCCACACCCACAAAGGAACGUAAGCUACACAUGUGUCUGUUAUGUCCGUACACGAACCAGCGCCAAGAUGCUUUAACAAAUCACUAUAAGAGACACGAAGAUAACCUAAAUGCCGCGAAUGGAAUACAUAAAUGUCCUCAUUGUGACCUAGUCGUCGUUCAAUCACACUUUCUACGGGAACAUCUGAAGACUCAUUUUAAUUAUCAAAAGCAUUUGACCCCUGAAUGCUAUGCAGCUAGUGAAGGUGUGACUUUUGUCAUAAAACAACUCGAUGAUGAAGAAGAUACAAAAGAUGACGACAAGAGUGAAAAUUUAAAUGAAGAUAUUUCUGAUAUUGAAGUUAAAGAAAAGGAUUAUUUAAUCGAUGAUAAUAAAGCAGAAGAUAACAAAAUAUUUGAUCUGAAAGAUAUCAUUAAAAAUGGACAGACAAAUGGUCCUAAAUUAAAUUUAAAAAUUGCGGUGAAAGAAGAGACUUCUACUGAUCUAGUUAUUACUUUAGAUGAAAAAAUUACUUUCGAUUCAAAUGAUAAUAAGAUUUUUGUCAAACUUAAAACAGGGGAGCUUAUUGUAGAGUAAAGUAGUUUAACUUAUUUUAAUAGUUCUAUAUAAUGUUAGUAAAGUAAGUAGAUUGUUACGAUUAUGACCAUAUUCGAAUAACUGGCAGAAUAGCUUUUUUAGUAUAGAUAAGCCCAAAUAGGAAUUGUUGAUAUGUUCACCAAAGUAUAGCUUGCCAUAUUAGGUUUAAAAUGUUUGCUGAAAUUGUAUUAAAUUGGACUAUAGCCUACUCACUACAUGAUAUAUGUAAAUUUAAAUAUUUAUUUUCCUUUUUUUUAUUGUGGAACGCACCACAUUACAAUAUACAGUGUGUAUUUCUGAUAUUAAACAUAAUCAAAGGGCAGUUAGUUUAGGCUGUAAUGAACACACUUUCAUAGGUUUUAUAAAAAAUGGACGACUUUUAUUUUUUCAUACAAAAUAAUUCAGCAAGCAAUGUUAAUGUUCACUACUUUGUUUUAACUCAAAACGUCUCAUUAAUGACGCGGCGGCGUCACAACUGUCAAAAGUGAUCAUGAUGUGACAUACAUUGCCGCUCGAAAAAAUUUCAAAAAUUAAUUAUGCUCUGGUAGUGAAGACUAAACUAAAAAAUCUUUCAGAAUUGUUUUAUAGCACUAAAACCUACGUCUAGUUUAAGUUUGAGGUUAUAUCAAAAAUACACACUGUAUAAAUUGUACAUACAGAUGUCAAUCACUAUGAAAAAACCAACGAUGAUCCAUCUCUGGUCUACGUGGGACUCGAAACCACAUGUUUGGAUUGCCGGUCCAACGCGUUACCAAUUGCGCCAACUGACCAUCCGUUAUUCACCGCGAAUUUAACCAUGGCAACUGUGACAACGUCACUAGCGACAUCUGCACUUUAAGGUUUACAAUCUUAACUAACUCUGAGGACCAGAGUUGAUCAUCCUUAAUUUUUUCAUUGUGAUUGACAUACAAUUUAAGUUAAUGGUACUAAAUGCAAAACAAGUUGUUACCGUUUGCAACUAUGCUAAACAAAAUAUUGUAGUUGGUAAAUGUCUACUACUUAUAGCGUUUCUCAUUUACAAUGUCUGACAACUUUAGGCAUUUUUGUUACGCAAAGCACGCUGCAAUACUAUUGUCACACAAAAGGAGGACAAUACGUUAUAAAUACAUACCUAUAAAGAGCUAUAGAUUGUAGAAAUGAUUUCAAGUGUAAGCAAGUAUCAAUGGCUCCUAAAUGGACAGCUGAAAUAGAUGGCGCUUUACUAAGCCAUAUCGGCCAUACGUUUAGUAGUCACUGGAUUGUUAAGCGCCAACUUUCAAAGCCAGAUUUGCCUCAUAACUCGGAACAGUACAGCGACAUCUACAAAACCCGACUAAUUCGAAGCACAUAUUUAUUUUGACUUUUGGUACACAUCUUAUACAAUCUAUAAGUCUGCUACUUCAAUGAUUAUCAUCAUUUUGCCUUAGUCGCAUUCCGUAGAAAUCUAGCAUACUAUGGAACCAUGUAAUAUUGACAAACAGUACAGAAAGUAUCAAAUACCUUUUUUAUUUAAGCUGGAUAUCCCGUCUAAUAAGCCUUUUUCUUGAUUUUACUAAGAAAUGCUAAUGUUAUAGGUUCGUGUUAUGUAGAGGUUAAUGAAUAAUAGGUAACUAUCAUUGUCAUAUAUAAGGACAGGCCUUACGGGCAUUGAUUGAUGAGUUCGAGUCUGCACGAUUGGCUCCAAUUCGUGAGUGACACCACUGAACUAGUAGCACCACUCUUAGUGCCCGUAAGGCGCCUUAGAUAUAUAUGUGGUAACUACUAUAAUAUAGUCGUACAGUUUUAUCCAAAAGGGUGUUAGAUGUUAUAUAUUGUAGCAAUAUAGAUAAUUAAGUCAAAUAGAUAAAUAAGAAUAAUUUAUAUGAGUAUGAUUAUCCAGUGUAACUGGAAUAUCCUGACACUUUUUGGACAUUUGUAUGCAGACAACUACGAAAUAACAGUUAAGGCUGCUUUACAGUUUUAUCUAAACGUGGUUGAUCUUUAAACAAUUUAUAUUUUAAUACCUACAAACAAUCCUGUGCCAAGAGUUGAUACGCUGAGAUUUUGUAAGUUAGAUGUAACAUUAAAAAGCACUGAUAACCAUUAUAUUUGCUUGAAAACAUGUCCAAUUUAUCUUUGAAUCAAGUCACUUUUGCGAUUUAUCUACGUUGGUACACAGACGCAGCUCAAAAAAAUAGUACUUAUUAAGAUAAUAUUUAUCAGUGGGUAUGAGCCUGUGUAUAUGUUGGUACAGUCAAGGAGAAAAAUGACUGAACAUUAAUGACCAUAACGGUACCAAAUGCUGACUGUCCCUCAUGAAAAGUUGUUCACAGGGCAAAGCCCCAUCAAUAUAAUUUCAAUAACAAUAAAUAAUUAAAUAAGUAAAAA